AUGCAUUUCCAUCGCCUCUUCAUUCUUCUGUCCGCCAUUUUCGUCCUCUCAAAAGGGACAAGAUGCCGACUACCAUGGACUGGAGUUUGGCUGGAAAAUGGGAAUGAGUUGAAUAUCACACACAAUUCGAUUGGAAAUUUGGGAAAUUGUGUGCAGAGGAGCAGAGAUUUGUUUAUGUUGACUAGUGAUACAUCCCGCGGACCAUGCUACCGAUGUGUCAUUACGUUCCCAGUGCAUGAAAAUGUUCUGCAUUACAAAACAACUCAAUGUGUGUUCGAUCAAGCAAUGGAACUGGAUAAAUGCUCGCACUUGAUGAGUGCGGAUACAACGAUGCACACACUUUUUAGGAAAGAAGCGAUCCCUGUACCUUGCCCAAUUGAAGCUCCAAUGAACUUCACCUACCAAACCAAUCAAGGAAUCUGCAAUAGUCGAACAUCCCAUCUUCACCGAUGUGCUCAAUACGAUCGUCUUGCUCUUCACUACCAAGCGUGUCCAGAGAUCCCAAAUCGGGAGUCAGCGAUUUGGCAAAUGGAAUGUAUAGGAUCUUGGCAAUCAUUUGGAUUGCAUUAUUUUGCUGCAAGGGUUGGGUAUAGUGCCGGAGAGCAAUAUCGAUGUUUUAUCCAUGACAAGUCGGGAAGCAGUGGACGGAUCGGAGAGUCUGCGGACGCUGGAUGCCAAGAGUUGACACACAUUGGAGCAGCGGCAACUACUCUGCAUUAUAGACAAGAUUCCCCGGUUCACUCGGCAUGCGAAUUCCCAAUCAACAUGUACGGAGAAAAGUCUCGAAACUGGGAGUCCAUGUUAUCGGGGACCUAUCAUCGGAUGUACCAUGGCGCGUGGAUUUCAUCAGUGAAAGGUCGCAAUGAUACAGUCUGGACUUGCCUUCAACAGUUUCCGACGGAUCGAGAAGAGCAUUUCACUUUUAGAACAUAUGUGACGAAAGGGUGCAAAGUUGGAUAUCAGUGUGUUAGGUUCCACAUGAGAAAACCGCACAUUGUCCACAUUGAAUUCGGAGAAAUCAACCCAUCUGAAUCUUUCACCGAUUGCUCAGAAUUCGUCGUAGAGACCCGGGACACGUUGAUCCUUCACGGAUCCAAAGAAGCAUGUCCGAUUGGUGGAAAACACUAUUCGAGCCUGUGUCCCGGACCAAUUCUCCAGGUUGGAUGCUCAUCAAAAUACUCGAUGAGUCUGAUUAGAGACUGCUCGUAUCCUGAUGGUGAUGAGAUGACUUGUGUUGCGAAUUUCAAACAUGAAGGUAACGACUUCAUUAUAGCGCGGGACGGUUUGUCGAGGCAAUUGUUUUGCAUGACCUACGUCUCCGAUCGUAUCAAUCUUCUUCGUGUCUACGAUAGAGUGUCAUGUGAAGAUGUCUCUGUGAACAGUGCUACACCAUUUCUUUCCUUGAAUUUUUCUUCAUCAGAUAGCUGCUCUCCUUCACUUCUCACCGGUUUCCUGUAUUCUGCCACCAGUGACGUGGCACCGCCAUGCCAUCAUCCUCAUCUCGUCAUACUUCUAGCCAUUCUGAUUUCAAUCCAGAACAUUCUUUGA